AUGGAGCCAGAAACAGUAGAUAUAUCUACUCUUUUAUCACAAUGCAUUAGAGCCAAUCUUCCCAGCACUUUAGACUUUGCAAAGGUCCAAGUGGACAGGAUUAAUGCUGAGAUGAAGAUAUAGGAAAGCUUAAGGAAAUCGAUCCAGAAAAACUUGGUAGCAACCUUCUUCAAGUUGUAGUUGAUGACACUCAGCAAUCAGAUAUCAGACAAUUAGCUUGCAUUAUGUAUAAGAAUCUGUACUUCGAGAAAAAGCAGGAAUCUAAAUGGAGCGAAGUUCCCAAAGAAGCACAAGGAGAAUACCUAGAUCGUAUUUUGCCUCUUUUAGCAACAGAGCAUGAUGGAUUCCAACUCGCUGUGUGCAAUUUGUUAGCAAACUGAUUCUUUAAUGAUAUGAUGAUGCUUCUCAACUUCUUGAAAUCCUAUCAGGAAUCACUCGAUGUCAACUUCAAAAGAGGUGUCAGAAGAGUCCUGCUGUUUACUCUACAAGAUUAUGGAUAUCUUUCGCUAACAGAAGUGCAAACAAGGCUAUCAAUUCCUGUAAUUCUAGAUAUCAUCCAAGAAAUAUCUUAUGACGAAGAAUCGAUGAUGAUCCUCACAGCUGGAUUAAUUUAUUGAGUUGAAAAUAACAAGAAUGUCUUCUCCAAAGAGGACAUAAAGCUUAUUAUAGAAGAUAUCUUCAUCAAGGUCAGUAAAGCGAAGGCCACAAAAACGAAAGAUUUGAAACUCCAAGCAUUCUUGAAAACUCUAAUCCAGAUGUGCCUUGAUAAUUCUUCUCUGAUAAUGGAUAAUCUUUCAUUGAUAAGAGAUAUCACUACCUUAUCCAUAUUCAGAGGAAAUGAGAAGUCUAAAUCUCUUUCACUUGAGAUAUGGAACUCAAUUCUUCAUUUUAAUUAUGAAUUUAUAACUAAAAAUCCUGACUCUACAAAGGAGCUACCAUGACUAGAUUAUUUUCCUGGUCUGAUCAAGAUAAAUUUGAGCUUGUUUGAAUACCUCAGUGUUUAUACUAAACCCAAUGAGCAGUUGCUGGAAAGCGCGACAAACUGAAUGUACUGGAUGAAUCAGCUGAUCGAUGAAGAAAUGAUGAGUGUUCUUAUCAAUGCUACUAAAGAAAGGAUCGAUUCAGAAGAGCCUCAAAGCAAAGCAGCUGGCUUGCUUACACUUACUUGAAUUCUAACUUCCUUACCUCAAGAGACUGUGAUUGAGACUAUUAUCCAUAUCCUGCCAAAUAUAAUCAAGCUAUAUUCUCAUAAAUCAAAGGUAGUGAUUCUUCACUCAGUAAGGCUGAUCAGAAAAGUUGUUGAGAACUAUUUCCCAAUUCUAAUCAAUGAAACUGCCAUCAAAAUUUGGCAGGUCUGAGCAGUUGCAAGCCUAAAAGAAGAAUAUGAUAUUUUCAUUGAAACUUAUGAAACUCUAAAGUUAAUUUUUGGUCAGCCAAGAGAAGCCCCCUUUCUUCAACCAUUCGGGGAGCAACUAGUUAUCUCAAUGAUAGAUCUCUUGAUAACUUUCACAAUCGAUUCUGUAAGGAAGAGAGAAGUAGAGAAAAUUUAUGAGCUUGAAAAUACACUCUAUAAGUUCUUAAGCAGGGAUCCAAAGAAUUGCCUAAAUGAAUACUACUCCUUCAUUUUUAAGAUUUUUGAGGAUACCUAUAACAAUAAAUCUGAAGAAGUAGGCAAGCAUAAACUUUUGCUUUGAAUGAAUCUAAUUUGUGUCCUGCCUCCAUUAGACAUGGUCACUCCAAAUGGUAAACAAGUUGGAACAGUAUUAGAAGUCAUGACAAAGUACCUUGAGUCAGUACAGAGUGAAGAUCAAAUCAGCAACAAAGCUAUUCCAAACUAUAUAAUCACAAAGGCAGAUAGUGUAAUUAUAGAAAUCAAUGAGAUCCAAUCAAGAGGGCCUUCUCCAGAGGAUGAUUGGCUGUCCUUAGUCCUUGAGGUGGAAUACAUCCGCUCAGAGUUCAUUAAAAUCAACAACCAGCCAUAAAGAUAUGAUCCAA